AUGUCAUGCCGUCUGAACGUGUCGAUAACGCUUUCACUGACUCAGUAGACACAACAUUAACAAAUCUGAAAAAUAUCACAAAGAAUUCGUUGAAAAGCAUUCAAAAUUGUAGUUAUUAGGGCGAAACAACUCAUUCCGAGCUACCGACCUGUUUAGGCAACGAGUGAACAAGCGUAUCGGGCGAAAGCAAGGAUCAAUUACCCAGGAAAAGGAAGGAUAGAUGUGGCACGGACCACAAGCCAACCAGUGCACCACAUUCGCGUAGGGCAGAGGUGGUACUGGUGUUGGUGUUGUGGUGUAGUAGCAGUAGCUUCUGUCGAGGAUUCAGUGGCCGGAUACCAGGGAUCGGAAGGAGCGCUGUGUAUGCGGACACUGACGCGGUAUUGCCGCCGUUGAAAGGUCAACUCGUAACAACGACACGUAACGGCGUGCGGUUCAAGGACACGCGGCGUAGACUUCGCGCGCAGCGUCGCAGGAAUCACAAUAGCCGCAGUGCCCGGGCGCUCCGCAAACCAAAUCUCUUGCCACUUGGCAGCUGGAAGAUCAAUUCGGCCUUCUGGUCCACUAGCAUCCACGCACCUCGCGUCCACUCCCACGCUCGGCGACUCCUUCGCGCCAUGGCUGUCAAGCAGAAUAACACCGAAUCGGGUGACGGUUCCGAGAAUGCCGGCAAUAACAACAGCGGUCUGCCGCCCAACUCAAAGCCCACUGCCGUCAAUGGACUGAAGAUGUCCAAUGAAAGUGGUGCGGCUGCUGGUAUGGAUCUGGGAUCUUCCACCAACGAAGGUGGACUGAAUACCAAUCGGCCUGGCAAGCGUGACAUUAAGAGUUUGCUGCAGUGCCUGGAACAACCGGAACAAGCUCACAACUUGAUGGGCUUUUACGAGCAUAUUAUUGUCGAACUGUCGCGCAUGCAACAUUCAAAGACGCCAGAGGACAUCGCCCGCUUCAAGGAGGAGGCCACAAAGGUCGGUGCUUUUCUCGCCAAGCGCAACGAGAAGCACUAUCAGAUGUUCUACCUGCGAGUCGUCUACGAUCUGAUCACCAAGUCCUCCUUCGACCCGCCACCGUCGUGUGCGCUGGCAAUUGUGUUCCAAUUGUUCGAUUCGAAUCAGAUACUCGAGGCGGUGCACUCAUUGCUGGAACAGAACGUGCAGGACGCGAGCAUCCGGAAGACAGUGGGCCUGCUGUGCGUUUGGAUGGGCGAGUGCACCUUCUGCAGCAACCUAUCGCUUUGGGUGAUGGCCCUGCUCAACGGGCUGAAGGAUCAAGGCAAACGGGCGCUGCUGGACGAGAUUGCGCUGGACAACAUCGAGAAACUCUUCAGUUUGAUGAUCUUCCCCGCGAUUCGCCAUAAGGCGUCACCUUUGGUGUUCCACAUGCUGUCCACCAUCAACCAAACGCCCGAGGUUUUCCAUAAGAUUUUGCCAAAGAUCCCACUUGUGCUGCAGUAUCUGAAGCAGCAGGCGAAUUCCAACGAAGAUGCUGGCCUGGAGGCUCGUAAAUGUCUCCAGCAGCUGGUCGACCUAACGAGCGCUCUGGUGCUUCGCUUCUACGACCACGAUGACCUUUACGCUAAUGUGAAAAAAGCACUGCAGACGUACGAUCCCUCGCCCAAUUGCCUGGCUUUGGCGCGAGCGAUGCAGGAGAGCGCCCAGCCCUGGGGACGAAGGAAUGCGAGAGUUGGACUAGUUAACCUGGGCAACACUUGCUAUAUGAACAGCGUGCUGCAAGCCCUUGCCAUGACUAGCGAUUUCAGCCGGCAGAUCCUACUCAUCGAGUGUGACUCAGUUUUGCUAAGAAAGGUGCAGCAGCAAAUCGCCCUGAUGCAUCACUCGCUGCGUUAUGAGCUAACACCUUUGGUAGUCCUAAAUGCCACUCGGCCGCCAGGAUUCACGCCCGGUCUGCAGCAGGAUAGCUCCGAGUUCCUAGGCCAUUUGCUGGACUUGCUGCACGAGCACGAAAUCAACAGUUUCACAAAGUCUGGGCGCAAUGGAGGACGAGCUCCAAUGGCCAACAACUCGGAGGUGAUUUGCUUGCUUAACGAGGAGAUUGAAACCAGCGGUGUGAUACCCUAUAAUAGGAAUGAUCGGGAUCUAGGCAUCGGCGGAAGCAAGGCCAAUCCCACUCCCACACCACCUGCAACACCCACCAAAAACCCAAGCAGCUCGCACCAGCAGCAGCAGCAGCAUUGCGAGCCAGAAUUGACGCCACCCAAACCGUCAUCCACCAUUGACAAGACGUUCGCGGGGAAGCUAUCGACCACCUAUCGAUGUCUGAGCUGCGGCUGGGAGAGCCGGAAUGAAGACAGCUUCCGCGAGCUUCAGCUAUCAUUUCCCGACGACAAGGACGACUGCGGAGCAACCAACUAUUCGGUGCAGGAUCUAAUCGAGUAUUAUUGCUCGCCUGAGAAACUUGACGGGGAUAACCAGUACUUUUGUCCGCGCUGCAAAAAGCUCUGCGAUGCGGAGCGCCACAUCGGCGUCACUCAACCUCCCCGGAACCUCAUCCUUACGCUGAAGCAGUUUAAAUACGAUCAGAAGUACCAUUUCCGCACCAAGCUUAUGCACAAGGUGUUCCACGAUGAGAGCGUCACAGUGAAGGUGUGCACCAUGGAAUCCCUGCAGGAAAUGUCGACAGUACAUUACGACCUUUAUGCUGGUGUUGUGCAUGCGGGUUAUAGCAUGGACUCCGGGCACUAUUUCACAUUUGCCGCUGAUCAAUCGAAGCGUUGGUACAAGUUCAACGAUAACCUGGUGACCCACUCCCAGCCGGAGGAAAUGCACAACCUCACCUCGCCGAACACACCAUACAUUUUGUUCUACAAAAUGUGCGCACGCUCCAACGAAUGCAAUGAGGCGUCUACCAGCUCAUUGUCAGGGAUAGGAUCGGGUCACCAAGUGAUUUCGGUCCCGGAAUCACCGCCUUUGUCGCUGGAGGAGUUGCCAAGCCAGCUGCGCGAUUACGUGAAGAAGGACAACCGCGUUUACAACGAGGAGUUAAGAAUUCAGCGCUACAAACGCGGCGGCGGUAGCCUCGGUGGAAAUGGUUUUGUCAGUCGGCACAAUUACGAUGGCGACGGGGACGAUGAGGAUGACCAAGCGCCGCCACCGACCGGAGGAUGCGGUGGCAAUGGGCUGGGUAUGAGCUUCAAUCGAUUCGUAUACUAAAGGAUGGAAUGGAGGAGUUAAGAGAGAGCGAGCACGAGCACGAGCAAUGAGGAGGCCACUAGAUGAUAUAUUUAUCUACUUAACAAAACACGCAUACUAAUCUAAAUGUUAUCCAUACAAAUAUUGCCAGUGCAUAACCAAUUGACAUGUAUAAGGCUGCGUAUAUCGAUCGAGUAGUUAGAUAUUAUGGCCAAGCUGUCUAGCUGUCCGUUUGCUCGUUCACUAGCUCGUCCCAUUGUUGUUUCAGUUUCCUGAUCCUCCGGUCCCAGAUCCCCCCAAGAAUCAUCCCAAGCAUCAUCUCUCUCAUACAUACGAAAACUAUGAAUGUAUUUCCAUUUACGAAACUGUUAUGAUUUUUUUGUUUUUGUUAACACAAACCUAGUUGUAGAACGAGCAUAAAUGCGUACACCUACAUAUAAAUUGAAAACGAUUAAAAUCAUCUGAAUUAGCCGGAAAGGAGAGCUAAAUACUCGAAUCAGAAUAAGCCGAUCUGAGAAACCCACUAACUUCCAAAGCAAAACAAUUGGAUAUUUAUGCACUUCAACUUAGUUUUUAAAGCAAAGCCACUACUCGGAGUGAAACCAAAUCUCGAGUUUAAAUCAAGCUAGCCGAAAGCUGAGUAUAAUGACAAUGACUUGUAAAAUAGUUAGCAUGAUUGAAAUCGAGCUAAUCCCCCCUUGUAUUAUUAGUUAUUCUGUUUUUGGAGAAAAUUUCAAAACUGCAACACGAAUUUGUAAUUGAUAUAUUUACAAAACAUGUAUCUCUGGAUCUGGUGAGCAGAAAAUGCUAUUUUGAAUAUUAUUGCAAUUAAAUUGGAAUAAUUUCAUAUAACUUUGUA